AUGUUGCGGCAAACGAUUCUGCUGUUUUUUGUACUGCUUCUAGUAAACUAUGCACAAUGCUUUAAGAUUAUCGGUAAUUUAGAAGCACCAGAAUCAGGACUGCAAAAAAAAUUUGAAAAAGGAGGCGGUGAGCAGUUCGAACUUGCUAAGCAUGCAGUUAAAGGUGAAGAGGGUGACAAGGGAUACGUAUCGCAACAUGCUGAAGAAAAGGGCGCUAAAGGACUACAUGACAAAGAGGACCAUCAAAAACAAUAUGCUGAAACUGUUUUAGCUGGUCAGAAACAAGCGCACAACCACGACGAUGGUUACUACGCAGAACAGCACAAAGCCGAAGAAGGUGAAAAAGGUUACCACUUCGAAGAUAAAGGCAGCUACGCCAAAGGUCAUGAUACCAAGGGUCAUCACAAUGUCCACAAACUGAAUGAAUACAAGAAAAAGACAGAGUUCUACGACGAAGACCAUGACGAAGCUCACAAAGAAAAACACGGUGGUUUUGAAGCGUCCAAAUCAGAAAAUUCGGGUGGAUUUGAGAAAGGUGGGCAUGGUAAAAAAGUGUAUUUAGAAGGUAAAUUCGGCAAAGAAGCAAAGUAUGACAAAGGGCAUGAAUUGCACGAAGAUAAAGGAUUUAGUAAGGCGGAAGGGGAAGAUGCCUUUUAUAAAGGCGAAGCCAAUUAUGCAAAGAAGAAUGCAGAUGAAGCUUUUAAGAAAUUUGGGUAUGUGAAAAAGGGCGACAUUUAAUUGACAGGGUCAAGUUCUGGAAAAGGAAUUAGAUGUACGUCAUGUGUAAAGCUUCUUAAGCAGAAUAUAUAAAAAUUGUUUACAAAGUAAACAGAAUCAUUUCAAAAAGUUUAUCUAGAGAAAAUAAAACACAUAAUUUUUGAAUAAACAGAAAAAGAUAAAAAGAAUAAACUUUACGAAAUAGUACUCUUUCAUUAACUCGCAUUAUUCAUCAUUAAUCAUCCAUGUUUUAGGAAUCCAGUUUUACUGAAAAACCAAUUUCAAUAGAUAUUGUAUAUACAUCAUCGUUACUAUGUUGUUAAAGUUACUUCAUUCCACAUCUUAGUAAUUAGUUUUAAUUUAUUUUGUUGCAUAUUGUGAUAAAAUUAAUUUAAUAAAUAUGUAUUAAUA